AUGAGUCUCCUAAGCUGGAACUGCCGGGGACUUGGGCAACCCCGGAAAGUUCGAGACCUUCACCAUAUGGUGAAGGAAAGACGGCCCACUUUUGUGUUCUUGAUGGAAACUAUUAGCUCUAAACAGUAUAUGGAAGACAUUUGUAAGAAGAUUGGUUUUGAUAGAGUCUUUGUGGUCGACCCGAUAGGGAGAAGUGGGGGUUUGGCCUUUUUGUGGAAUUCGGAGUCUACGGUAGAAGUCUUUAACUAUUCUAGACGUCACAUAAACAUUGUGGUUAAGGAUGGAGAUAACAACCCUUGGUGGAAGCUCACUGGUUUUUACGGCAACUCGGUCUGCGCCAGGCGGGCCGACUCGUGGGAGCUGCUAAAAUUCCUGAGCACCUGCCAUCCGGUCCCUUGGCUGUGUGCAGGUGAUUUCAAUGAGGUGGUCACGCAGGAAGAAAAGGAAGGCUCAAACCUCAGGAAGGAGUCCCAAAUGACGGGCUUCAGGGAGGCUCUGGAGGCUUGCAGGUUAGGGGACCUGGGGUUUUCAGGCUCCCCUUUCACUUGGAGUAAUCGGAGGUCAGAUGGUACUUUCACAAAGGAGAGGCUCGAUCGGGCGGUGGCCAACCAGGAGUGGUGCUCCCUCUUUCCUUCUUCCACUGUUGACGUUUUAGCAGCAAGAACUUCUGACCAUAGCCCCGUUUUGGUUUCCUUCUCGGCCCACCCUAGAAGAAGCCAGAACCGUGGCCCAACGGGCAGUGGUUUCAAACUAGAAGCUAGUUGGUUAAACGAUACUGAGUCUGGAGAAAUUAUCCGUUCAGCUUGGCACAAUAGCCCGAGCUUAGACCCCCCGAGUGUGGGGAUCCAGCAGAGACUAGAAGCCUGCCGUAGGGCACUUCUGGACUGGGGGGGGCAUAAAUUUGGGAAGGAGGAAUAG